GUUAAAAGGAGGAUAUCGAAGUCUGAAGCAAAUACAGAAACAGAAUAAAGGUUUAAAUAAUAUGAAGACAACGUAUUUCUUAUUUGUUCUUGGUCUGCUGUGUGCAGUGGCGUAUUCACUUCCGAUCGAAGAAGAUGAACCUUUGGAAGAUGAAUUAUUGGAAGGUAAAAUAUUUGAAGAAUCAAUUUUCAACAUGGUUUCUUACAUUGCUGAAGUCAACUGAAAACGUUAACUGCAAAUUUUGAAUAAUUUUGAGAACUUUUCUUUCGAAUUUCUGGAUAAUUAACGAUUAUUUGUGAGUGAUGCUGUGCAUAACGUUUCGUUUUUACUUGAACCACUCACAUUUAUUUCAUGAAUGCAUGCUACAGUGUGGCUGCCCAAUUGACAUAAGUCAAUUAGGCACGCUUUGUGUUUGACACACUCACAGGUGAAAAUAGCAUUUUUAAAAUUAAAUUGCAAAUUCUAGUGUGCUGAGAUGUUUUAACAGUGUGCAAGAAUUACAGUAGGUCAAGAAGGAACAAAAAAAUAUUGACUACUGUUAUUACUCAUAUAGUUUACUGCAACAACAAUCUAGCAAGAUUGAACACAAAACAGUGUCAAAAAUGAUACCAAACAUUGAUAUUUUAACACUACUUUUUGCCGAAGACUGGGAAAACAUUCAUCGAAAUGUAGAAAUAAUAUUUUGGUAAUUUUGAGAUAAUUUACCCAUUACAGUGACAAGGAAUGUGUUGUAAUUAAAUUGAUUUUGUGUCGAUUUAGGAAAUGAUGAAAAUGAUCUGACAGAAGAGGAGGAUGAUGAAGAUGAUGAUGAUGAGGAAGAUGAUGAAGAAAACGACGAUGAGUAAGUUGUGUAGUAAAUCAUUGAUUGCACUCUCUUAAAACCAUGGAUCAUAAAAAAGCUGCAUGGAUAAUACAACCGUGCCACUCGACGAUAGAAUAUUUAAAAAUUGUUGGUCAUUUCCGGGGAAUAUUUGAAGCAUUAGACGGUGAAGUACGCGUCACCAAUUUCAAUUAUCUCAACAGCAAUUCCUGUGACUCCAAUUUCAUGAUUACGAAAGUAAUUCAAAGACGAAAAACAUUUCCCUUGAACACUUUGCCGUGGCACAGGCACGUUUGAAAGACAAGAGAACCGUUUUGAAUCUCAAUAUAGCUAUUCGAAAGCGAAAACUAAAGCAAAAUGGAAGAAAAACAUUGUCGAAUUUCAAAUAGAUUAUGUCUGUUGCUGUCAGCUGUUUUCUGUUAAUUUUUUAACUAACCAUGCAUGCAUGUUAAAACUAUUUGUUUCCGGUAUGUUUGAGGGUGCAUACCAGAUAGGAAAAGUGCAGUUGUUAAUAUUAUGUAGAGAAAACUUAUACGCGUGCAUGAUAUACAAUUAUACAUCAUGAAAACUGACCAUUUCAAAUAUGUAAGCACACUUGGUUGGGUUAAAUUUCAACGCAAACAACCAAUUACUACAUUUUUGCCGUGAACUCUCGCAAGCACCUUUCACCUCAGAUCGUGGGUUCGACUGUCGCUGGAGAAUCAUGACACUUUUGGGAAAAGAGCUAGUCAAACCCACGAUUUAUACCGAAAGUGGCGGGUUUUAUCAUGGUAUUCCGGUUGGUUUACCCCCUAUCUGAACCUUUCGUUGCAGCUGUGUUCCGUGAUUACGAUUAACAUUUUAGUAUAGCGAAAAUUUCCAUGUGGGUGCCAGAGACGGUCCCAGAAAGCCUUUGUUUCAAUCGGUAAUCCCUUGCAAUUUAGCUUAAUCAGCAGCACCCUUUGCAUGCUUACUUACUUAAGUUACUUACAUUCAUAUUCAAAAAGGUAAUUACCUCGUAUAGGUAAUCAAUUUGGAUAAUCAAUAUCAGACAGCUAGUCAUGAAAUAUAAUUAGACUGAUUGGAUAGCUUGUAACCAAAGCCGGUUGGUGUGUGAUAUGCAAUUGUAUAACUUUUUGUUCUAACUUACAUAGUUUCAUGUUAUUAAAUGAAUAGCUUUCAGCAAAUCGUGAUUUACAUAUAUAGUGAAGGUUACAUUUGGGAUUUUGACAGUCUAAGUUGAUGGCAAUUCAAUAUAUUUAGCUAUGGCAAGAGACGCAAAGGAUAUGGCAGGGGACGCAAAGGAUAUGGGAGGGGAUACAAUGGAUAUGGCAGAGGACGCAAAGGAUAUGGCCAUGGCUAUGGCCGUGGGAGAUAUGGCUACCGCAAUGGAAGAUAUGGCUACCGUAAUGGAGGAUAUGGCCACCGUCGUGGAGGUUAUGGCUAUGGUGGCAAAUACGGCAAAGGCAGGCGUAGUGGUUAUGGUUAUCGGUGGUAGACACAAGGGUAUAUAUGGAUAAACAUAUGCAUUUGUAACGGUAAGCAAAUCCACUUAAAUAUCACCUAAUACAUGAUUGAUAACUGAAUCGAUAAGAAGGGAUUUAGUUUUGAGGACAGAAAUGAAUUUCCAAGCACAUGACAUCCAGGUUACUCAUUUGAACUGAUUAGAUUUAGCUAUUGAUUGUCCUAAACGUUUAGUGUUUAUGCAUUUUUAUUAUAAUAAUUUUUAUUCCUUUUUUGCUUAGGACGAACUGGCCAUAUUACGGAAAAUUAAUAUUAACAACAUUCCUGCAAUUCAACUUAGAUCAAUGUAAUUAUGUAUCUCAACUAAACAUGUAUACUGUAGAAUAAUAAAAUCCAUGCAUUGCAACAA